AUGUACCACAGCGAUCAGCAAGGCAAAGCGGUCCGACUGCUGGCAAACUUUCUUUCUUCCAUUGGAAGGGUCCAGGAAGCGGUUCAGCACUGGCAGCAAGCUUUGAAGGAAGAUGAGGCACGGCUUGGCAGCAGUCAUUUGCAGACGGCGCAGUCUGCGGCCGCUCUUGCAUCUUGCUUCGACGAUCUUGGACGAGCAGAAGAAGCCGAAGUUUUUCAUUCCAAAGCGCUUGACGCCCUUGCCAAAAGCUUUGGGCGCAGCAGCUGCGAAGCAACAGCAUGCGAGCUUGCCCUGGCAGCUUGCCGCUUUGUGCAAGGCAAAAGCAAACUACACGGGAUGCUCCCAGCAACUCAGUCUGGGGUGCUUUGCCUUCAGGCCUUGGUGCCUUGCAUUUGA